AUGGAUAAUCUAUGGAACCGUCGCACAAACUCUGGCAAAUUGUCCCUCUCGACAUCGACGAACGGUCCCAACGGCUCAUCGGCCGGUGAUGCCUCCCGCAACUCCUCCGUCCCUAGGCGCCAUGGCGGCGACAUAUCCGCGCAUGGCAAAGCCAGCCCCUUCAAUACUCCAGGCGGCAACCUAGCGUCUCCUACCAGUGGUGCUUCAAGCGCCUUUGGCUUGGGUUCAGGUGCUUUUGCUUCGUUUGGUUCAGCCAAGACACCAAAGUCUGCUGGAAACCCUUUCGACACGGCUAUGGGCUCUGCUGUAGCCAAGACCACUGCCGUGAAGGACAGUGGCAAGGCUGCCAUUGGUAAAGCUCCAAGUAUGGCAUCCAUUGCCGAAAAUAAGGUGUCUUCUUUGACGGUAGCCUCCAAAGCACACCCGCUGAAAGAUGCGUGGUCAUUUUGGUACCGUCCUCCCAUCUCCAAGGCCCAUGGCUUCAUCGAGUAUGAAAAUACCCUACACGGCAUUGCCACCGUGCAAACCGUCGAGGAGUUUUGGGAGAUUUACUCUCAUCUAAAGAGACCAUCCACCCUGCCGGUUGUGUCUGAUUACCAUCUUUUCAAGAAGGAUAUUCGGCCCAUCUGGGAAGAUGAGGUGAACCGGAAAGGUGGAAAGUGGGUUGUGAGGAUGAAGAAGGGUGUGGCUGAUCGGUAUUGGGAGGACUUGCUUCUCUCCCUCAUUGGCGACCAGUUCGGUGAUGCAGGUGAGGAUGUAUGCGGCGCCGUGUUAAGCAUGCGUAACGGGGAAGACAUUCUUAGCAUCUGGACACGGACAGCUGGCGGUCGCGUACUCAAGAUUCGAGAGACCAUGAAAAGCGUUCUCAACUUCCCUCCAAACACCCGUGUGGAAUUUAAGACGCACGAUUCGAGUAUUCAGCAAAGAACCGCUAUCGAGGAACAGCGUCGUGAAAAAGCCAACCAGAACCAGGGCGGCGAUAGACGUCACACCCAGCGACAGAGCCACGAAUAG